AUGUUAUUGUGUUGUAUAUUUGUACAAAAUACAAUUUUAAUACAAAAUACUAUUACCAAGCCUUAUCAUUUCUUGUCAUCGUUAUUUUUAUUAUUGUCGUCGGUAGAUGUGAUCAACAUAUUACUUGCCCGAUAUAAUAAUAAUAAUAACGGUACAAGUGGUCCUUUAGCACCGGAUCUUGAUGAAAUUAUUGGAGAUUCUGAUGAAGAAAAUCAAUCAAACGAAGAGUUGCUUACAUCUGGUGAAUUACUGCAACGUUUAUAUAAGAUAUGGCAAAAUGAGAAGAUUGCUCCUGUACUUUUGACUGCUCAUUCUGAUUUAUUAGGUCUUAUUCAGGCUGAGGUUAAUCAAUUAGAGGCUGAAGCAAAAUCUUUACCAGCUGGUGAUUUAAAAGCACAGAUUAAACGAAUCCAGGUUGAACGAAUCCGAUUCAUCAUGGCUGAUUAUAUGCGAAUCAGAAUUAAAAAGAUUGAACGAUUUGCUGAGCACAUCUUAGCUGAGGAACGUUCACGUAGCUCAAAUGAAGCACCACAUUUAACUGUUGAAGAAUUUCUCUUUGCAAAAUCGUAUACAAAUAGUAUUCGUGAGUAUUUGAAAAGUACUAUUGUUAGUCGGUUACCAGCUAAUAUGCAAUCAAUUAAAGAUGAAGAGUUAACCUUUCAUCCAAAUCCAAAUAGUUAUGUAUUCUGUCGAUCAUUAAAGAAAAUAGACUUUAUCGAAGCAUUUGAUUAUAAUUCAGAUGGAACUCAAACCUCUGUAUCACUUACAUUAGAACCUGGUGCUCAACAUCUCUUACCAUAUAGUUGUAUUCAGUCCUACGUGGAAAGUGGUGAUGUCAUUUUAAUAUGA